ACACUAAUACAGUCUACGCGCGUUUACAGCUCGUUCAAAAUCACUGAAAAAUCCCCUAUGCUUCUUCCACGAACAAAAUGGACGCUUUAUUGUACAUCGUGAUAGUAGUGACAAUCAAAGAAAUGUGAUGUUUUGUGUUCUUCUCUCUUGCAAGAAAUAUCAAGGUCUUCCUAUGGCUGGCAAUUGUGGAUGAAAUGUGUUAUGCAUUGAGCAAUGCGUGCUAACGUAUAAUGCGAAUCAUACUGACGCCAUUUUGACAGUCGAGCAAUGUGUACUUUGAAAUUUUCAGCGGAGACAAUAUAAAUUUGACCCUUGGAAGGAGUUGGAAUGGACAUGUUUUUCUCGACUAGACUCUCCAUCAACUUCCAUUAGUGGAUACCAGAUAUUUGAUUGGGGAUAGAUGGUGCCGUUUUUACGAUUGAAAUCAGUGAAUUUCAACUCUCCUAGCGUGUAGAAUUAAAGGACGGUGUUUCGGUGCAAGAUAUAUUUCGAUUAGUCCGUACGAUGUCAGAUAAUUCUAUGUGCCAAUCAAAUAUCUUUUAAGAUAUCUUAAACUUAGUGUAUGCCUAAUGUCUCUCGGUCUUGGUGGUGAAGAUUAUGCGAAACACAGUACCAGACUGCACACUUGAAUCGUACACAUACAUGUUAAAUUAUAUAGUAUGUGAGCAGAUCUAAUCAUACGCUGUAGACAUUUGUAGAACAUAGGCUUAUAUUACAUGCAGCUAUAUAAUUAUAUGUAUCAUGUAGCACAUUGGUGGUGAACGGUAUGAAAUGAUAGUUACAACACUGACAAAGAUGGAUCAGAAGAAAGCAUGGGUUAUGGUCAUUGUGCUGGCAGGAUGCGUCCUAACCCUCCUGCUUCGAAAGAGUGCCAACGUGGUGGAGAACGGACCAAUGCUUGUCCAUCUUGACAUGCCAGACGAUCUUGCCAACAUGUUUGGAGACACCCGGUUACUCGAAGACCCUGACACUGUACAGAGCUUGGCAACACCAGAAGCUAAUGCAGCCGAGGAUGAUCCAUUUAGAUAUACUGGCAAAUCAAGCGUAGCGGAUUUGAUGUUGAAGAGUUUGCAUGGAUCAUCGGUACUGACGGCCCUACAGAACUCUGAUUCUGAUGGGGACAACGGUACAGUCUAUGACGAAAGUUCUAUUGCUGAUAUUUGGAGAGAGGAAGAUAUGGACAAUGGAACGUGGAAGAUAUUCGAGGAGGAGUACAAGAAAAUUGAUUGGAGGCAGAACAAGGAUGGGUUCAACCGAUGGAGGGCGGAGCUGGUGACGUAUGGUGUGGACUCACGCAAUAGUUUCUUGGUUACUCAUGAUUCCGUAGAGGUCAAACGAGUUCUUCCGUUCUACAUCAGUACUCAACAUUCUUAUACCGUCAGUGAAUACUUCAUGUCUCUUAUUCCAGAGUCAUCCCCUUACAGCGGGAAGAGCUUAGGGAGGUGUGUAGUGAUGGGGAACAGUGGUAACCUCAGGAAUAGUGGAUGCGGGAAAGAAAUAGAUGCAGCCGAUUACGUAUUCAGGUGCAACAUCCCUCCUCUUCGUGAUUUCGAGAAUGACGUCGGGUUGAAGACGAAUCUAACAACAAUGAACCCGAGCAUGCUCGACACUAAGGAAUACGGGACCAUCGCCAUUACCCGAGAUAUCGACUACCCGUACAACCUAGUCCUAGCGCCUUACAACGGUGUCAUCCUACUUCCUUGCUUUAGCCAUUUCUUCUACCUGCGCAAGUGCAUUAAAGCCAUCAAACAGUACUACCAGAAGAACGCGAACAUGACAUUCCUUCAUCCUGAGAACUUCAUGGCUAUAUGGGAAUACUGGAAGGAUCGGCAAAUGACCAACCUACCUUCAACAGGAUUUUACAUCAUAAACGUUGCGGCCACACUCUGCGACAGCGUCGAUGUGUAUGGAUUCUGGCCUUUCGAUAAGACUGCUUUGCGAUCAGGUCAACCCGAACAUGUGAUGUAUCAUUAUUACGAGGAAGGAACAUGGCGUCCCGUUCACGACAUGACUGGAGAAUUCAGACAGCUUUUUCAGCUGCAUCGAGAUGGAGUUCUGCGAAUGCACCUAGGAAAUUGCACCUCAAGAUGACGAAUAACAUCAAAUAAAAUUGGACUUUGGUUUUCCUGAUGUGAAGAGGCAGAUCUGAAGACAUUUACCACAUAUCGUGCCUUAGGUCUUUUAUGCAUGA